AUCAUUUUUAGACGAAUUGAUAAAUAUCUCAUUUAUAACGUAGUUUGUCAAAGACUGAAACUGGGGAAAUACAGAGAGCAAAGAAGAAGAAUAAUGGAUCCUAAACUCUGGCACAAAAUCGCUGCUGUAUCAGGUGUAGCAGCACUUGGGUUAGGCACAUAUGGUGCUCAUGUCUUCAAGCCCAAAAACCCCACUUACAAAGAGGUUUGGCAAACAGCUUCUCUAUAUCAUUUGGUUCACACUGCUGCUAUUCUUGCUGCACCUAUCACCAAACAUCCUAACAUUUUUGGAGGCCUUUUGACUACUGGUAUUAUCGCAUUCUCUGGGACGUGCUAUACUGUGGCUUUACUGGAGGACAGGAAGUACUCUACGCUUGCACCUUUUGGUGGCUUUGCAUUUAUUGCUGCUUGGGCAAGCUUGCUUUUCUAAGGAUUUGCAUAACUUGUGUUACUGCACUAUAUCUUCAUUGUCUAUGCAUCGGAAUAAAACAUUUUGCUGAAGGAAUCUCUUCUCGUAUAUGCCAAGCCUAGGCUUGGUUUAUAAUUAAAAAUGUAAAUUUCAAUACACAUUUGUGUUAACAGCGCCAUCAUGUGUAACUUAAUGCCCUGCCGUUGUAUGCAGAUCUUGGAAUCUUAUUGUGUAAUUUCAUUUUUAAUUUAUCUGUAAUCCCAAUAA